AUGCUGGGAUCAUCAAAGUCUCUCGUACGAGCAUUGGAAGCUGUGUUUGCCAACAAGGGGCUGCCCAAAUCAGUAGAUACCGACUUAACUACCACGAUUGAGGAGUACCUCGCCAAACACAAUAACUACACUGCAAUAAAGCAAAGUAGUUACAAUAUACACGAGGAGCUUUACCGACUAUAUAAUGGACACAUCAAGUCAUCACAUAAGUUGGAUUUGGAAAACAAAUUUCUCACUGUAUUGACUAAAGUGUGUGAUGUGUUUGGUGAAAAUGAACUCCACUUAUGGAUUCUGACAUAUUUGAAGUCAGCAAUUGAUAGCGCUGGUUAUGAUUUGGCGUUUGUGGAAAACUCGAGAACAUUUAUUGACAAGGUGUUGGUGAGUUAUUCAGAAACGAAAUGUGAAAUUCUUACCAAUUUGCAUGCAAGAGCUUCAUCUUCAUUAGCGCAACAGCUACUAGAUAUUUACAUGAGAGAAGAUACUUUGAUAGCUACAAUGAAGUUGAAUGUCACAGACGAGCAAAGAGAAAGUCAAGCAUAUCAUGAAAGAAUACGAUUUAUUCGGUCCAAUUGUACAAAAUUGUUGCUAGAGUAUGGGCUAAAACACACUGAUUCGUAUUGCCAUUUGCUAAACAAGUACAUUCAACACGUCAAGUUUCGGCAUGAAGCGAUUGUAUUACUAGGGUACUUGGUUGGUGCAGAUGUCAAAAGCGGUGCCCGUAUUGUUGACAGUGACCUCUUCAAAAGUUUGCUCAAAUGUCUCCUCUAUGACUUGGACCCUGCAAUAGUGCAUUGCGCAUUGAAUGACUUAUUCAUUUUGAUACCAAAAUCCGCUGAUAAUUUGGGCAACUAUUUGUCGGAUAUUUUGUUGGUGUAUGUGCGGAUACUAACUUGGAACCAAAUAACGGUACCGAGGAACAUUAAUACCUUCGCAUCCGAGUCAAGUUUAGAUCUCCGAUCCUGGAAAAUUGCGUUGCCCUAUGCAAUGGAGUCAGGUAAUGACGUAAGGUUCAAUUUUCAAUACUUGUGCACCUUUAUUUAUGGGUUGUUUUAUUUCAAUUUUGGCGCCUUUAUUCGGGAUCCUCUCGAUUACUUAGCUAAACACGUACCAUCAGAUUUUUCAUCAGAACGGUUAAAACAAUGGAGCUUAGAGGUGCCUGAUAAGACAUCUCCGAUUUUGAGAGCAGCGACAAUCACAAAGCAGAUACUAGGGGGGUUUCUUGUUCAUCCCAAGUACUGCAUGGAAAAUGAUGAAGUAAAAGAAUUGAAAAGUUCAACCAGUUGGCUACCUGACACAGCUUCUCUGGAAGAAAUUGCUGUGGCGUGUUUAAGCUUGAAUCCAGGUAUAUUCAUAAAGGAAAACGAGGCAACUACGCCCGUUCAAAGCUCUUAUGCUGCCUCGAUUGGAGGAGGUACACUAUCUCAAUCAUCUUCGUUGGCUGGUCCAAUGUAUUUUCAAGCAAAUGGCCCAACAAAGCAAAUUAUGAAGUCGAGUGCCUUACAAGAUAGAAAAGUGUCAAUUGUUCCAACACAUUUAGUUUUGGACAACAACGAAACUCAAGGGACAGAAGAGGUGAAGUUUAAAGAAUUUGGGUUCACUAAUCGUGACCUGCUGCAGGUCUUUGAUACAUCUGGGAUCACCUGUCCAUCCUCACCUAAACAAGAUCAACGUGAUCUCGUCAGCGAUUUGUUAUACGACCAUGAACGACUUUUCACCACAGUGAAACAUGACAAAUUAUACCAUCACAACAACUUUACAGGCAGAACUGGUUCCAUUGAUCCCAUAACUUCUGUCGCUGAUCAUACCAAUGAAAAAUUGAAACAAGAAACUCGAUUAGGUCGCCCAAUGUCUUUAUCAGCGACAAAUUUGGAACCCCCAAGCGUGUUUGAAUAUGGUAAUACAUUGCCCAAGAGUGUUGCUGCUGCUGGAGCAAAAGAUGAUGCAAGUACAUUGCAUAACCCGAGCAAUGAUCCUUCUCAAACCAGCUUAAAUAAAUUGAAUGGCGAUGGAUCAAUUAUUGACUUUUAUCAACGAGAAUUACUUUUGUUCAAAAAUGAAUUGGAAUUUUCCAGUUAUUUGAAACAUUUGAACAAAUUUCAUUACUUGAAGAUGAAAGAGGGAAGGAAUCAAGGAGAAGAUACUCUGUAUGAUGAUUUGAUAUCACGUGAUGAGGCAGAUGAAUUUACCAAGGUAAUGAACGCUAUCAAGCAGGAAAGGAGUGAGAAGCAAUGUGAGUUUGAUUGUCAAUUUGAUUUGCUAACUACUAAAAUUGAACAACUCGAGUCUGUAAAACGCGAGCUCAAUGAAAAGCUAUUGGAACUACAACAAUCAACAAAGACUAAUCACAAGGAAUAUGAUGAGUUGGUCAAGAUCGUAAUUCCAAACAAGGAUUAUGAGAUUGAGCAAUUAAAGUUGAAGCUAAAAUUGACUGAACUAGCUGGGCAAGAACUCAAAGAAAAUCAAUCUCAGCAGCCAAUUAUCCCUGAUCUUACUGAAGAUACUACAAUUCAAAAAUCUUUGGAAGAUCAAAUUUACAAUAUCAAGGUGGAGAAUCAAAUACUAACCCAACAAUUGGCCCAAUUAACCCAAGAAAACAAAGAUUUGCAACUUCGAUAUAAUUCAACGAUGUCACAAUACGAAACCAAAUUGGCAAAAACUAAACUUUCACUUUCAGAAACAUUGACAUCGUUAACUUCACCGUACGACAAGAAAAUCACUGAAUUACAAGCUGUCAUUCACAAGUAUCAAGCUCUAUUGGAAGAGCGAACGCGCAAUCAAAUGGCAUCAACAUCAUCAUCAUUAUCAUUAUCAACAACAAGUGGAAGUGUGCCCAUCCCCAUAAUACAGAGACAAAAUAGUUCAAGUAGUUCUGGUAACUACUCAUUUGGUCAGGAUUCUAAUCACAAUAUGAACACUAUACCAUCACGUUCAGUGGCACCAAUACAACAUAUGGUUAGAAAUGGUAGUAAGAACAGCGCCAAGAGUAGUAAAGGAUUGGGUAGUAUUAGUGAUGGUGAUGGUUUACCAUUGAUGAAAGGUCGUGGGGGGUUACAAAAGAAAACGAGAAAGUUCAUGUAA